UUAGCUGUUACUCGUGGUCUCUUGCCAGCUCGCGCAGAGUCUGACGCGGGCUAACUACACUACUAGAUAGCAUGCGAGAGGCGAUACACGCCCUGCGUUGCAUCUUCUGGUGCCUCCGAAGUACGCAGAGCACGCGGAUCGAUCCGACUGUGAGAAAACCCCACAUAUUUUCUGACCUUCGUCGCCCGUUGGGUAGAUGGUAUCGUUUCUGGGACGAACAGACAUUCGAGAGGUGAGAUGUAGAGUAACAGACACACACACACA